CCCGGAAGUUUCGUGCCCAUUUCGCGCCGGCCUCUCUAAGGGAGUGAAGCCGCAGAGGACUGCCCUCUCCCAAAAUGGCGUCUAAAAUAGGUUGGAGACGGUGGAUGCUGCAGCUGCUCAUGCAGUUGGGUUCGGUGCUGCUCACACGAUGUCCCUUUUGGGGCUGCUUCAGCCAACUCAUGCUGUAUGCUGAGAGGGCUGAGGCGCGCCGGAAGCCCGACAUCCCAGUGCCUUAUCUGUAUUUCGACAUGGGGGCGGCCGUGCUGUGUGCUAGCUUCAUGUCCUUUGGAGUGAAGCGGCGCUGGUUCGCGCUGGGGGCUGCACUCCAACUGGCCAUUAGCACCUAUGCCGCCUACAUCGGGGGCUACGUCCACUACGGGGACUGGCUGAAGGUCCGUAUGUACUCUCGCACAGUUGCCAUCAUUGGUGGCUUUCUCGUGCUUGCCAGCGGUGCUGGGGAGCUGUAUCGUCGGAAACCCCGCAGCCGCUCCCUACAGUCCACCGGCCAGGUGUUCCUGGGCAUCUACCUCAUCUGUGUGGCCUACUCGCUGCAGCACAGCAAGGAGGACCGGCUGGCGUAUCUGAACCAUCUCCCAGGAGGGGAGCUGAUGAUCCAGCUAUUCUUCGUGCUGUAUGGUGUCCUGGCCCUGGCCUUCCUGUCAGGCUACUACGUGACCCUGGCUGCCCAGAUCCUGGCUGUACUACUGCCCCCAGUCAUGCUGCUUAUUGAUGGCAAUGUUGCUUAUUGGCACAACACGCGGCGUGUUGAGUUCUGGAACCAAAUGAAGCUCCUCGGAGAGAGUGUGGGCAUCUUUGGGGCUGCUGUCAUCCUGGCCACUGAUGGCUGAGUUGCACGGCGAGAGGCUGAGACGGGCACAGGGAGCCACUGAGGGCCACCCUGCCUUCCUCCUUGCUGGCCCAGUUGCUGUUUAU